GCGGCGUGUUGCUAUGUGCUGAGCCGACGGGAUAGGUGCGGGGGCGCGUCCAUCAGGGGGUAGCCCCCGGCCCGGACCCGGAGGGAUGCGGAGUGGCGGCCGCGGCGGUGGCGGAGACUGUGGCUUUAAGAGCGUGCCGGGAGCCCGAGCCCCAGCCGGGCCGCGCUUCGCCGCUGCGCACCCCAGCGGAGCCAAGCCCCACGCUGGCCGGACAGGGCCGCCUGUCGCCGGGCUGCUGAGAACUAGCCCUAGACCUCUGCGUGAGGGUUCUUCUGCCGAAGACAUCACCAGUGUGUGGAGCCUGCCACACCCACCCGCUGCCAAACCACGGCCUUUACCUGUGUCUUCCGGUGUUUCCCGUGCGACCCAUCCUGUGGGAGUGCCUCGUGGGCUGCCCCAGAGUUCACCCCACACUCAGCAGCACCAAUGGUGAAGAUGACAAGAUCGAAGACUUUCCAGGCAUAUCUGCCCUCCUGCCACCGGACCUACAGCUGCAUUCACUGCAGAGCUCACUUGGCCAAUCAUGAUGAACUAAUUUCCAAGUCGUUCCAAGGAAGUCAAGGACGAGCAUACCUCUUUAACUCAGUAGUUAAUGUGGGCUGUGGGCCUGCAGAAGAGCGAGUGUUGCUAACAGGACUGCAUGCAGUCGCAGACAUUUACUGUGAAAACUGCAAAACCACUCUGGGCUGGAAAUACGAACAUGCUUUUGAAAGCAGCCAGAAAUAUAAAGAAGGCAAAUACAUCAUUGAACUAGCACACAUGAUCAAGGACAAUGGCUGGGACUGAUUGGACAGCAUCUACCCAACCUAGUGUCCACGUGAACGCCAUUCAACCGAACAUUCUUCCCAAGCGUGAGAGAGUGACUGACACUUGGUUCCAUCCAUUUAGGGGCCUUGCCAUCCGGGGCAUCCUCCCACCCUGACGCCAUCUUUCUGGUGACCGGCCUCUAAAUUGCUGUCUCUCUGUCUCUUUGCUUUGUAUCUGUUUGUGAGUUGAUCCUGGCUUCUCUCUCUGUUCUAGUUUUGGCUGAAAACAAAACAACAAAAGGAACAGAUCCUUGACCGCAUGGCGGCAGCCCACCUUGGUAAGGGCCCCAGGGCCCAUGCGAGAGCUGCCUGAUGGCCUCUUGUCAGGAGAGCAGUGGCACGGGGGCGUGAGGAAGAGGGAAAGGGGAAACUCUAAGGGUCCUGGCGCGGGGAAGGGGUGGAAGGGUGGAGGUAGGAACAAAAUUGCGCCGCUCCUGGAGACCUGAUAACUUAGGCUUGAAAUAAUUGACUUGUCUAAAAGGACAAAGAGAAAAAAAAAAAUACCUCAUGACUGCAUUCUCUCUGACUAGAAGCUUCUGUGCCUGACACCAAAUGUGCCAGGUUAGCAAAUGAGCACAAGAUGUGGCCCUGAUUCUAGUUGGUGGGGCAAGGGCCUGGUUCUCCUGGGCUGAGUGGGGGAGUGUCCUGGCAGCAGCGAGUGACUUGGGCAGUGGCCAGGUGGGUGCGAUGACUCUGAUGCCUCACUCAGUCUCUGGGCAAUCAUCAUCUUUGCCUCUAGCCACCGUAGAUAAGGUGUGAGGGGACUGCUGUUUGCAAUGGGCUUACCAUCCAAAUAUCCCAAAGGCGUUGACCAGCAACCAAGUAAAAUCAGUAAUUGAGGAGAGCAGGGCACAAAGGGGCUGCAGUUUGGGAGCUCCUGAAGAAAUGGCUCAGAUAUUGAGUCAGAGAAAUAAAAAGUAGGAUCAGUUAGCAAUUCUAACUGCCCUUCCUUCUGACCCCUCAUAAGAGGAGUGUGGUGAGGGAGGGGACUGGGUAGGAGUCAUCCCAGGAGGAGGGGUUUACAUUGGAACCAGUUCAGGUUCGGUGCAUCUUUCCUCUUCGGUUUUACAGUGGCUUCCGUGGGAUCGUCAGUAAUAACCUGGCUGGUAGAUUCCUCAUGCCCCUAAUUGUCUCACUUAGGCCUGAAUGUCUUGCAUGGAGAGAAAUCUCCUGUCAGUGUGGUCCAGCAGCAGGGAGGAGUUCUGCCCAAAUUCCGAUAUCACCCCCUCCCCCAUCCAAACAUCCUCCGAUUAGGGAAGUGGAGAGCACAUCCCUGUAAGGCCCAUAAGAGAAAGAGGAGUUUGUUACAUUUAAUCAACACUGUGAAGUCUGUUCUACAGCAAUUCAGCCAUUACACAGUAUAUGACUGAAACUCAUUUAACUGGGUUAAUUUCAUUUCUUAGACUGAAUAUAUUAUUAAGAUACGUGUGCGUGUUAGGUAAUUCUCAGCAUCUCCUCCAAGUAGGCCGACCUUCUCGGAAAAUUCACCCUAAAAGUCUCACAAAAGAAUGAGUUCAUGGGGAGAUUCUGUAAAGUGAUGAACUGAGAUGAAAGCAGCCAACAGCCCAGGAGCUUUUCAGAAUCGCGUCUGCAGCAGAACCAGUUUCCAUUCAGAGCGCGUCCUUGGUGGAAAUGCUUUUUUGUGUGUCUCCACGUGCUGAUGGUGGAAUGGGAGCCCCAAGACAGGUGUGGGCUUAGAAAUCGACUUUUGUUCCCCAAGGCUUCUUGUCCAGAUCUUUCCAGUGCUUUCAUAGCCCUGGGAGAUCAAGUUGUUCUCCCCACCUUACUGCAAGGUAGACUGAAGUUCAGAAGAAAUACUGAAUUUCUGCUCCCAGAAGAAUAGUUUCUCUGGCUCACAGGCCCAAGUUCUCAAUGAAAUCGUUUUUUAACUUUCACAUUCCUAAGCUGGCUUCCCGGCACAGAAGCCAUGGAUUUCCCCUCUCUCCCUUCCCGCUCCUCAAGGAAAUAGUCUUCCUUUAUGGAUUUUCAUUGGACCCUUUCCUCAGGGAUUGUCCUGGCUGUUUAUUGAUAGUCCUUCCCAUAAGAAGAAAAUGGGGGUUAAACAUGGGGUAGGUAUUUUGUCUUUCAAACUACAAAUGGAAUGUGGUGACAUAAACUAGACAUGGGGUGCCCUCAAGUUUCCAAGGGGACCAGUGUGCCACUGUUCUUCCUUGGGGAUGAGGCCUUUGACUGUUGGAUGGAUCAGAGCAGGCUCCAGUCAGACCCUGGUUCUGAAUGUUUUUUUUUUUCGGUGACUAUCCAGUGAGCCUUCAGUGAGUGCAAGGCGCCAUACUUGCUGUGAGAGAGCUGAGUAGAGUGUUGGUUUUUCCAUAACUACAGGGGAAAAAAAAAGUCAUUAGGCUUUCCCUUUGUGUCAGUGAAACCAAAAGUGCUUCUUACAACGUUCGCUCUGUUCAUGGGUUGUCUAUCUAACAUUGAGCAGCAUUGGAGAGGCCACAGCUGAGCUAUGGAGAUGCUAAAUUAACUCAUGGCCUCAGUCAGUCAGUUCAUUCUUUAAUUUCCUCACCAAAUUAUUGACUUAGAGCAUAACCAAAGACCUCAUUCAUUCACCCCAGGUGGGUUGGGGGAAUUGGAGUUUGUUGGUGAAGUUUGGGGGCAGGGUAUGGGGAGUAGAGACAGGGUAAGGAGACGUGAGAAAGGAAAAGGCAUGAAGUUCUAUACCUCAGCCAGCAGCUGCCUUCGUUUGGAACUGAAGUCCAGCCAGCAGACUCUCUAGCUCCAUGUCCCCUGUGCCACCCUAGGUCAUAUGACCUUGGCCACCUUGGAGUAGACCCAGACCCCUCGGGACCCGGGACAUUAGUCUCAGGCUGCUGAUGGAUUGAUUUGACAUGAACCAAACACAGCCAAACUCGAUACCCACAAGCUGUCAGCUGGACCUGACUGAGUGUUCUUCCUGAGUUCACGAGGAUAGGCUAGAGUGAUUUUUACUGGUGGAUCAGUGUGUGCAAAAGAGAUGACCCUUUAUAAAGAGAUUUUCAAGUGGAUAUAUAUAAAAGAAACAGUUGCUUGUAAAAUAUACUUUUGUAAAUAAUAUUUAAUUUUUUAAAUAAUAUAUUUGGUGCUGUUUUCUCAGAUCCCCUGAGAGCACUUUUUAUUUUCCUUUUAAAUUCUAUGGUUUCCUUUGCAUUUCUUGAAGUAUAUUUUAAGGGAAACAGUGAUCACCAAUACAUGUUUUCAGUUUUUUUUUUUUUUAAGGUCUCUAUCACUUUAAUCUGGAUCAAGGCUUUGAAGCAAUGCCUCUCUGCAUUUUUUCCCCAGUGGAACAGACUCUGCAGUACAUUAAUCAGGUUGAGAAUUGAAAUAUUUUCUUGCAUCAGUAUUGGCUAGAAAAGAAAAUAAAUAAAACCAAGUUAAUUUAGUAGUAACAACUUACAGUGAUUCUUCCUGUUGGAAGAAUUUCCAACAAAUCAGAAUCACAUUUUUAGUUGUGCGUGUGCGCGCGCAUGUGUGUAAAAAGCACUUUCGAUUGUGCCUCCUGUUUUCUCGAGUGGGGACACUUUAACUACAGUUUACACCUCGGGCGCAUAAAGUUUUUCUUCUCUUUCUCUCUGGUUGUUUCUGUUUCUGAGUGGACCAACAGCAGAACCCACGAGGAUUUGUUUGAGUAUGGAGCUGUUGCAGGUUUGCUCCUUUUUCUUGAUUUGCGUGAUCAGCUUUUACAGACUGUAAAGGAGAUGUGUUGUUUGUGAAGAUGGAGCAGAGUCAAAUCUGUGCUUCUAACUGAGAUGAGAGUGUAUUAAUCAUGUAUCGCAGGGCUCCAGCUGUUUUAGAAGCCGCAUCAUGUUAAACAUUAACUGGUUUGGAUUAAAAGAACAUUAAUAUUAUAAUAUACAUAUCUUAGUGGUAAACAGCUUUUUUUUUUUUUAAGGUCAGAUUGCCUCAGGUUCAGAAAGAGGCUGAGAAAUCAAAUCUUGAACACAAUCAACUUACAUAUUUUGAAGGAAUCUGCCUCAAAUGAGAAAAUAUGCUAGUUGUCUAGAUAGAGGAAAGAGAUAUUUACUUUUUUUAAAAUUAAAAUAGUUAUGAAAUCUGGCAGAAAAGGUAAAGCCUAGAAGAAACUAUGAAAGCUAUUCUCAUGUUACCAAAUUCUAUCUGCCCAUAUGUUUUUGUGUAACAUUUCGGUGACAGUGGGAGUCGGUUCCCUUUCCCAACCUGCAGAGACUAUCUUCCAAUACAGAAUCUGUCUAUUUAUGCUUGUGUUUACAAACUGUAUUUGUUGGGUUUGGGUUUUUGUUUUCUUUGGUGGCAUUUUUCAGGUCACUUUGCUUCUAUAACAAAGGUAAUUGUUUUCAAAUAAUUUGUCUUCACCUUUUCCCGUAUUUGUACAUAGUGAUUCAGUAUUAGAGAAAAGUGCAUCGUUUCUGUCAUAUUUCCAAUCUGUGUUGGUGCUCAUUUGAGAAAAUAAAAGUUUUCAAAUAUUAACUCUU